GUAAUUAAGCGGUUCCCGUUAUUACUUUCUUUAUUGAAGAAAUGCUUCUGCCUUUCGCUUCUAUUUUUUUUUUCAAAGUUUGUCUGCUUAAUUCCAUGUAAGCUCACGCGCGUCAAGCGAGUCCCUCUGCAUCAUCAGAAAUUUCAAUCAAUCAUUUGGAACGAAAAGAUGAGACUAAUAUUUAGAUUAGCUCUGCUAUCAAAUUGGAAAACAUUUGUACCAAAAAUUAUUAUUCUCUUUUUAGAGUGAGACUAUAAUUUAUGACACUUGAGAAGGGCUUCAAGUCUCACUGUUUUGUGUUAAAAGUGGUGAAAAGCUGUUAGUUUACCAAUAGUUUAAAUGACGGUAGAAACUUUUUUUUAUCAUUUUUUGGACUGAUUUAAGACAAGUUCUUACAAAAACUAUCACCAAAUAAUCCGUUCUUUUUCUUGUUUGUUAUCUUACUCGGUUGAACACUUUUUGAUGAAAAAAAAAACAAAGCUAAUUUUAAUCGAACUCUAUCCAUAAAAGGAAAUUUUUAACCAUUUUGCAUCGUAGCUUUUAAAAUUUUAUCGCGGAGUUUAUCAAUCUAAUUGAACCUGAUUUUGCUGACGGCAAGAUUCGUUAUCACUAAUUGCUAUUAUUUCCUCUUUUCAUUCUGGUCGCUUACUGCCACUACAGACAGUUGGUAUUUCUUUUGGGAUAAAAAGUGAAAAAUGUUACAUUUUCGAGUAAAGCAGCAGAAAAAGCUGCAGCGUCAAAAAGAAGCCGAGCAACUUUACUCUAGUUUCAGUUUUAGUCGAUCUUUGAAACAAGACAGCGUUACUACAAAUGCAACAACCACGGUCGGUUUAUCAAGUGACUGUAAUGAACGCAGUAAUUCUAAUGCUUACGUUAUCAAAACACCGUCAUCAUGUACACAGUUAUCUUCAUCUGCGACGAACGUACCAACUUCUGUAACAGUAAGAAGUCCUUCGCCGAAUUGUUUUUUGAACAAAGUUGAGGAUCUUUCAAACGAACAAAAACAAUCUUCUUCAAAUACAACAGGCGGAGAAACCGAUACAGCUACAGCUCUAAAAACACCAACAAACUCACCCUCAAAAACGCAAAAAAAGCAAACCAGCCACGGAAAACGCACAAGCUUUGACAAAAAUAGAAUAUCGACAAAUAGUAACGGAUUGAAGGUACAACCCAAUCAAAAAACUAGACGAAGAAUAACCUCAGCGAACAAUAUGGCCAACAUUGACUGUUCAACUGCAAUAGGAACUGAGAAGAAUGAGGUUAACCGAGCAGUUAUGCUAAGCGGAGCUCACAAUAAAAAUGGUGGAAGGUCUGGCUCGUCUAGUGAUGUUCCGCAGAUUAUAGUUAUGGGACCUCCUUCUAGUGGGAAGACUACGUUACUCUCACGAUUUAACUACUUCCUAACGCGAUCUUCCAAAGAAAUCAAAGAAAAGUUGCAACAAAAUGUUAAUUAUCCGCCGAUUCUUCCGGCUACAAGCGCUACAGUUGGCUCCGAAUGCUGCAAACUGGAGAUCCCCGAGAAUCGCGAAUCAUACUGGAUACCUUCCAUCCUCCUUAACCACCCGAAAACACCCACAGCUUCCCGCAAAUCAUCAGGUGCCAGUGGUUCUACUCUCAAAAGGUCAGGGUCAUUUAAAGUCAAACAGGCACUGCAGGUGAGAGAGGUGGGCGGCAAAAGUGGAUGUCUGUGGAGUCACUUUCUGGACGAGCCAAUGCCGUCGCUGAAUAGAAACGAGAAAGUGCAGUGUGGGGAUUGUGGAAACAUGUAUUUCACUUACAAUCAACAGGAAAUGAAUUAUCACGUGGCCAAAAAGCAUGCUCAAUAA